AUGACAUCGGUGAUUAUACUCCACGCAUUUAUAUUGGACAACGGCUCUGUCCAUCAAAUACGAUAUGAAUGUUUUUCAGUAUGAGCUAAAAAAAGAGGUUCUGGAAAAAUGUCUACAGUGCCUGAUGGCAAGAAAUUGGUCCGAAGCCCAAGUGGACUUCGAAUGGUCCCGGAGAAUGGAGCGUUUAACAGCCCUUUUUCGUUAGAUGAACCCCAGUGGGUCCCGGACAAAGAGUGCCCAAGCUGUAUGCAGUGUGACAAAAAAUAUGACUUCCUUACAAGAAAGCACCACUGUCGGCGGUGUGGCCGGUGUUUCUGUGAUAAGUGCUGCAGUAAGAAGGUGGCUCUGCCCAGGAUGUGCUUCGUCGACCCAGUCCGGCAGUGUGGUGAGUGCAGCCUGGUCUCCCAGAAGGAAAUGGAGUUCUACGACAAACAGCUCAAAGUGCUUAUGGGAGGUGGUUCUUUUAUUGUCACUUUGGGCACCUCAAAGACGUCUGAGACCAUGAUGUGUCGUCUCUCCAACAACCACAGGUAUCUUUUCUUUGAUGGGGAGAGCCAUUUUGAGGUGGAACUGUCUCGGAUCUCCAGUAUGCAGGUGUUGACGGAGGAGUCCACUCCUGAAGAGAAUGACAUUCACACUUACACAAGUCUGCUGGACAGUCAGUAUAUCUCUGAAGGGGGAAACUCCAGGGCCAGUGGCAUGUUGCUCCACUACAAACCCACUGGCUCUCAGGACCCUCAGCAGUUACGCAUGGAGGCAGCAGAUGACAAGAAGACUGCCUCCUCAUGGCUGGCUGCCAUGCACAAGGCUGCCAAACUGCUGUAUGAAGCUCGGGACCGGUGACUCAUUGCUAAGAUGCCCAGAGCCUGAGAGUGAUGGCACAGACCAAGUGUUUUCUUUCCUACCCUUCCGUCUCACAUUCUCUAAAUGCUGAGAGUGCAUUUCAGUAACAAUUCAUUGAACUAUUUGGCCAACCACCCAUCUAAUGCUGCUAUUCUUAAUGUUAUCAUAGACAUAAGCCAUUUGACAUAACCAUUUCCCUUCACGUAACGCUUUUAAGGUCAUUUUUUUAAUGUGAUCUGUGACAUAGUUCAAGUUAAGUUUCUUUGUUCAUGCUGUCUAUACUCUACUUUCAGUGCUGGCAGAUUUGGAUCCUUACCCCUUCCUUAGGGAUCCACAGAUUAGUCACUGAUUCUAGUGGUAUAUAUACACACACGUAUGUGGACACCCCUUCAAAUAAGUGGAUUCGGCUAUUACAUCCACACCCAUUGCUGACCGGUGUAUAAAAUCGAGCGCACAGCCAUACAAUCGCCAUAGACAAACAUUGGCAGUAGAAUGGCCUUACUAAAGCCCAGUGACUUUCAACGUGGAACUGUCAUAGGAUUGCCACCUUUCCAACAAGUCAGUUCGUCAAAUUUCUGCCCUGCUAGAGCGGCCCCAGUCAACUGUAAGUGCUGUUGUGAAACGUCUAGGAGCAACAGCGGCUCAGUCACAGUGGUAGGCCACACAAGCUCACAGAACUGGACCGAUGAGUGCUGAAGCGCAUAAAAAUCAUCUGUCCUCUGUUGCAACAUUCACUAUCGAGUUCCAAACUGCCUCUGGAAGCAACGUCAGCACAACAACUGUUUGUCGGAAGCUUCAUGAAAUGGGUGUCCGGACAGAUCACCAUGCGCAAUGCCAAGUGUUGGCUGGAGUGGUGUAAAGCUUGCUACCAUUGAACUCUGAAGCAGUGGAAAGCGUUGUCUGGAAUGAUGAAUCACGCUUCACCAUCUGGCAGUCCGUUGGACGAAUCUGGGUUUGGCAAAUGCCAGGAGAACUCUACCUUCCCCAAUGCAUAGUGCCAACUGUGAAGUUUGGUUGAGGAGGAAUAAUGGUCUGGGGCUGUUUUUCAUGGUUCUGGCUAGGCCCCUUAGUUCCAGUGAAGGGAAAUGGCUAAAUGGAAGCGGAACUCGCUCCCCAGCAAUGUUCCAACAUCUAGUUGAAAGCCUUCCCAGAAGAGUAGAGGCUGUUAUAGAAGCAAAGGGGGGACCAACUCCAUAUUAAUGCCUGAUUUUGGAAUGAGAUGUUCGACGAGCAGGUUUCCACAUAAGUGUGUGUGUGUGUGUGUGUACACAGUUUAUUCAAUUCUUUAAAUGUAGUCCCAUACAUAGAAUUUUUGUAUAAACUAUUUUGUUAAAUAUUCCUAUUUUAACACAAUGCGGUGUAUGUACUUUUUACAGCUAAAAUAUUUAGUAUAGUUUUUGUAGCACUUGUAUAACAAAAUGUUUAUUCCUACACUACAAGAUGACUUAAACAUUUUGUUUUCAUGUUUGAUUGCUUUACUUUUUAUAAAUGAAUUGCACAGCCACAACACCAACAAUCUAACCCUUAAUCUAAGGGUACAAUAUGCUGUUUAAUGUAACACUUUUACUCUUCUGUUUUAUUUGGCUUAUAUCCAACGUAUUAUGCUUCACAUACCAAAUAAAAUACUUAAGACAGGU